AUGUCCUGUCAUACUCUCUCGGAUAAAAGUCCGUUAUUGUCUUCCGCGUCAAACACUGCAUCAGCAUCCUCCGGUCUAGCAGAUCCUAGUGCCGUUUGCGACAAUCGCCCGGCUGAGCUGCACCCUUACCUCGCCUUGCGUCCUGACACCUCUCGUCCUUGCGCAGUAAGGUCUGCCUCCGACACCGCCAUCCCCUCGGCCCUUAAAAUAGCAAGCAUCCGUCAAAGACGUACUCGUACCCUUGACCUGUCCGCCCAGCCUUUCAUCCAACCUCGAUCGUCUUCCACUCGCAAAAGAGUCCCAACAACCUCGUCUUCGUCACUGCAUUCCUCCCUCUGCUCGAUCGCGACCUUACAGAGCCUGCCCGACCUCGCAUCCAACUCGCCGACAUCACCAGAUCUCACUCCGAAGGCCUCGGACACGUCUCGCUUCUCGUCUCCAUCCAGCAACAUGUCGGCCAAAUCUGCCGUCAAGCGCAGCUCCAUGGUAAGCGGCGUCAGCGUCGCUGAUCGCGCCAAAGCAUUUCAAGCCGAGGCCGCCAACAAUGGCUCGUAUAAGAGACCUGUUUUGAGGCAGACCCGCCGCAGCACCGAUCCAUCUGUGCAAGCUUCGUCCUCAAAAUCGUCGUCCCUCAGCCUUGCCUCUUCGGAAGCUUCCACCUCAUCCUCCCUAGCAGCCCUCCCUCGCGACGAAUACCAAGAGUCUGAGGUCGUCAUCAAGCGCGCUCGUAGGAUCAGCAUCUCGACUCCCCUCCAUCGACGCGCUCGCAGCGACGCCAGCGAAAUCGACCCUUUCGUCGGCCCUCCUUCUCAAGAUGGCGCUAGCCGACCCGCCGUUCACGCAUCCUCCUUCGCCGAGAUCGAGCAGCUUACCGCCCAGCUCGAAGCCUACCGUCCACGCGCCAGACCUGCAGCGAAUACAGCGCGUCGUGGUCGAGCCAGCUCCGUGCUCAUGCACAGCAUCGCAGAGGAGAACCCUCAGCUUCGUUUGUCAUCUUCCACAGAAACCAUUCGCAGUCUUGCCCCGACGAGCAAAGCGUCCGUACCGCUGCAAGACGAUCACGUCCAUUUCUCAGUUUCGCCGUGUCUUUCGGAAGAUGGCUCCAUCGACUGGCAUCACUUUGUCAGCGCCAACUACGGCGUACGCCCCUCCUUUGAUCUCUACAAUCCCAUCUCGAUCACCGACCUGGCCUUCCCCAUCUCUACCCGCAAGCAUGCCUACGAGUCCAAGCUUUGCAAACCCGACAGCCCCACUCUCAACGACGAAGCAACGUGGCUCGAAGAGGAGCUCGCCAACUGCAGCGGCAGCAGCGACGAAGAAGAUGAGGCCGAUCAGCACGACUCGUACGCUCCUCACUCCACGUCGAUGGACGAGGACGAGUACAUGACCCCCGAGGGUAGUCCGUUGCUUUCGCCCAUCAACAUCCUGGCGCCACCAUCCGACGAUGUCGAGAUCAUGGGCCUGGGUAUCCAAGAUCCUUCGCUCUUGCUCCCCGGUCAUCCUUUCGUUCGAGCUCAAAGCGACAAGUCUGCCGACUCGCUGCUUGAGCAAGUGGCCAUGCACGAGGCCUGCGUUCGAACGCUCCACACUCUGUCGCACGACGAGCGCGAUCAGGCCACCGCCAUCGCCUCUGCUGCCAACAACCGUCAAUUGGGUCUUCCAGCCUCGACCAUGCCUCGUCGCAGGAGCAGUCUGACUGCGCCGACGAAUAUGCAGUCGUUGCGAGCCAUGGCGUCCAAGGGCACCUUCAGCGCGACCCAUGUAGACAGCUCGGCACUGUUCGGCGACGACACGUACGACGGCUCGGUGAGUCCCAUGGCGGACAUGGGCCACGGAGGCAGCUACAGCACCGACAUGAACGGAGUUCGUCGUGCCUCGGCUGCCAGCUACCUCUCGACCGAUUCGACCGUCUCGGCGGACGUUUCGAUCGGCUCGCACGGCUCGAGCCUGCUCUUCAACGCACACCUCGCAGCACCUGGUAUGCAGCGACGUGAAUCUGCAGACACCACCAUCAGCACUCGUCGCUCUUCGUUGGCGAGCAGCUAUGGCAAUCACGAAAAGGCGCCGGUCAAGCCACCGCGCAGCCCUCUACGAAGUCAUCCAGUGCCACUGCCGGCUCUGCCUCAGGAAGAGUGCGACACGCCUCAGCCUGCCCAAAAAGCAGCCACGGCCGAGCAGCCGCGCGAUCUGAUGCGCAUGCAAGCCAUGCCUCUGCCUCCUCUGCCCCACGAAGCAGUUGUCGAGACGGACAAGCCUCGCUCUUCGGUUGAAUCCGCACGAACCCGCCGCAGAACAACCCGUCGCAAGAAGAGCACCGAGCUGCCGCAGCUUCCUGCUCGCCUCGACAGCCUAGACGCGAUGGUGGCAGCAGCACCCAAAGAGACCCAACUCAAAGAAGAGUUUCCCCAGCGCCUCCUGGGAGACUGGUUGAACGCUCAGAAGGACAACGAGUUUGCCAGGCAGCAUGAACAGGCACAUGCGCACGAGCAAGCUCUCAGCGUUCAGCCCAUCCCGCUUCACCAACGGAUCCACAACAAGGACGGUACCGCCUACCUUCCCGGCUUGGGCGAGAUCGUUCCCCCCAGUCCCGACGUCACCUCUGUCAGCUUGUCGCUGUCACCGCAGGACGGCAUCCCCGUCUACCCUGCAGCGCGCAAGCGGCUGGGCAUCGAGCCAUCCGCACCCACCAUGCUCUCUGCCACAUCCGCCUUCGUAGCGUCCGCUGGCAGCAAAGCCUCCUCCACCACUACUUUGAAGAGCAAGCUUUCGGGUCGAUUCGCUCGAUCUUCCACCAAGGACGACACUGCUGCCAGCAAAGUGGAGCGCAAGACGUCGGAAUCGUCGCUGCUGCUGGGUCGAAUGCGAAAGACAUCUGGCAACGGAUCGCGACAGUCGUUCGCUGCUCCGGCAGAGAUGCCUUCGGCAUGGAAGGAACGGAUCGUAGGAAAGAGGCCUUCGCUGGAUCUGCGACGACCUAGCUUGGCGUCGCUCGCGUCAACCUCUUCGGGUGGAUCGAAGCGGUCCGAGGUCCAAGAUGGGCGCGGGUCGACGUUGCUCCCCGCGACAGUGGGUGCGGAAAGGUCACGAUCGAGUCUCGGGUUCCGCAAGAUGUUCAGCUCGAUCACGGGUGGCGAAUCCAGUACGCCGACCGAGUCGCCCACAGUGACGACGCUGGAAGUCCUCGCAGCCAACACAUUCGAGUCGCCCGUCCGCCGAUCCAUGUCGAUCCGAAAGCAGCGUGCUGGGUACGAAUCCUUCAUGCAGCUUUCCGAUGACGACGAUGAGGAUGAUUCGGUGGUUGCGCAAGCCAGCACGGGGGGUGUGAGGAGCAGGAAGGAUCUGACAAAGAUGUUCGGCGCUAGUCAGGUGGACCUCGACCAAGCCCGCAGGGGAUGA